AGCCGUUUACUUCCGCCACCGGCCGGAAGUGUGCUGCCACUGAAUGCCAAGGAGUUUCCAGUGGCUCCGCCGUGUAACCGGGGCUCCCUAUGGCGGCUUCCUUGGUGGGGAAGAAGAUCGUGUUUGUCACGGGGAACGCCAAAAAACUAGAGGAGUGCCGGAGUACCAGGGGGAGCCGGAUGAGAUUUCCAUACAGAAAUGUCAGGAGGCAGCUCGCCAGGUACAGGGGCCCGUGCUGGUUGAGGACACCUGUCUGUGCUUCAAUGCCCUCGGAGGGCUCCCCGGCCCCUACAUUCUCUCUGUUACCCAGGCUAGAGUGCAGGCGUGAUCAUGGCUCACUGCAGUCUCCACCUCCUAGGCUCAGAAAGUGGUUUCUGGAGAAGUUAAAGCCUGAAGGUCUCCACCAGCUCCUGGCCGGGUUCGAGGACAAGUCAGCCUACGCGCUCUGCACAUUUGCACUCAGCACAGGGCACCCGAACCAGCCUGUGCGUCUGUUCAGGGGCCGGACCUUGGGCCAGAUCGUGGCACCCAGAGGCUGCCGGGACUUUGGCUGGGACCCUUGCUUUCAGCCUGAUGGAUAUGAGCAGACGUAUGCAGAGAUGCCCAAGGCAGAGAAGAACGCCAUCUCGCAUCGCUUCCGGGCCCUGCUGGAACUGCAGGAGUACUUCGGCAGCGUGACUUCUGUGGCUGGAGGCGGUGCCUCGGGCCGAGGAUCUGGGGAGGGCUAGCCUGAAACCUCCUGGGUCCUUCAGGAUUUCCACUUCCUGGGGGUGUCGAGUAGCCUCACCAGCCUGUCUGGUGGAGCAGCUGGCUCUGCUCUGAGAAACUCUGGGCAAUUGGAUGCCAUUCUCUUGCCCUUAGGGAAGGUGCUGUCUCUUGCAGCCUCCAGGCCUGGGACCCUGAGAGGACCUUGGUUGGUAAAGCUGGACCUGCUGGAGUGAGGCUUUGGAGAGGAACCGUGCAAAUCGCCUCUGCUGUUUUUUAAAUGCAGCACAUCACAUUUCUGGGUGAGACUUGUUUCCAGAAUAAACCAGCUAUAUCUGUUUUGAA